AUGUUCGAGGCGUACUACUUCCCUAAGGAUGUCUUGGUAGCUGUGCUUUACGGCAACGACGCGUCUCCUGAAAAGAGAAGUGCCGGUGGCGCUGUAGAGGUGCAAUACGGGAUUGAACAGGCGAUCAACGGCCGAAAUCUGGAGGAAUGUAUCGCCAGGUGCUACUAUAUCAAACCGAACUAUCCGGGUCGGUCGUCACAUAUAUGCAAUGCCGGAUUCCUCGUCUCGCCCUCGAAGCGUGAAAAGGGCAUCGGCGCCGCCUUCGCGCGGUCAUUCUUGUAUUAUGCCCCUCGGCUUGGUUAUGAAGCAAGUGUGUUAAACCUGGUUUAUGUCAACAACGUUGCCAGUGUUCGGCUCUGGGGAGCUCUAAACUUCACGAAGGUAGGACGCAUUCCCCGCGCUGGAUGGCUGAAAAAAGCCGACGGCUCCGGCGAAGAGUUUGUGGACGCUUGGGUAUUCUAUCGCCGCUUCGAUCCAAUUUGA